CUCCCUGUGCCGGGCACUACUGACCACUCUUGUCACAAGGGCCCUUUGUUCCCUGCACAGGACACGCUGAAUAAUAAUUCUCUAGGCAAGAAGCACAGUUGGCAGGAUCGGGUGUCCCGGUCAUCCUCACCCCUGAAGACAGGGGAACAGACACCUCCACAUGAACACGUCUGCCUGAGUGAUGAGCUGCCACCCCAGAGCAGCCCUGCCUCCACCAAGGAUCGAGGUACCUCCACCGACAGCCCUUGCCGCCGCAGCGCUGCCACCCAGAUGGCGCCUCCAGGUGGCCCCCCUGCUGCUCCACCUGGUGGCCGGGGCCACUCACAUCGAGACCGAAUCCACUACCAGGCGGACGUGCGGCUAGAGGCCACUGAGGAGAUCUACCUGACACCAGUGCAGAGGCCCCCAGACCCUGUAGAGCCCACCUCUGCCUUCUUGCCCCCUGCUGAGAGCCGGAUGUCAGUCAGCUCCGAUCCAGACCCUACCACCUACUCCUCAGCAGCAGGGCGGCCACACCCCUCCAUCAGUGAGGAGGAUGAGGGCUUCGACUGCCUGUCAUCCCCAGAGCGGGCUGAGCCACUGGGUGGAGGAUGGCGGGGCAGCCUGGGGGAGCCGCCGCCACCUCCACGGGCCUCGCUGAGCUCGGACACCAGCGCCCUGUCCUACGACUCGGUCAAGUACACGCUGGUGGUGGAUGAGCACGCACAGCUGGAGCUGGUGAGCCUGCGGCCAUGCUUUGGAGACUACAGCGAUGAGAGUGACUCAGCCACUGUCUACGACAACUGUGCCUCCGCCUCCUCGCCCUAUGAGUCGGCCAUCGGUGAGGAAUAUGAGGAGGCACCCCGGCCCCGGCCUCCUGCCUGCCUCUCCGAGGACUCGACACCUGAUGAACCCGACGUCCACUUCUCCAAGAAGUUCCUGAACGUCUUUAUGAGUGGCCGCUCUCGCUCGUCCAGUGCCGAGUCCUUUGGGCUGUUCUCCUGUGUCAUCAACGGGGAAGAACAGGAGCAGACCCACCGGGCCAUAUUCAGGUUUGUGCCUCGACAUGAAGACGAACUUGAGCUGGAAGUGGACGACCCUCUGCUGGUGGAGCUGCAGGCUGAAGACUACUGGUAUGAGGCCUACAACAUGCGCACUGGCGCCCGGGGUGUCUUUCCUGCCUACUACGCCAUUGAGGUCACCAAGGAGCCUGACCACAUGGCAGCCCUGGCCAAAAACAGCGACUGGGUGGAUCAGUUCUGGGUGAAGUUCCUGGGCUCAGUUCAGGUUCCCUAUCACAAGGGCAAUGACGUCCUCUGUGCCGCUAUGCAAAAGAUUGCCACCACCCGCCGGCUCACCGUGCACUUUAACCCACCCUCCAGCUGUGUCCUAGAGAUCAGCGUGCAGGGUGUGAAGAUAGGUGUCAAGGCCGAUGACUCCCAGGAGGCCAAGGGGAAUAAAUGUAGCCACUUUUUCCAGUUAAAAAACAUCUCCUUUUGUGGAUACCAUCCAAAGAACAACAAGUACUUUGGGUUCAUCACCAAGCAUCCUGCUGACCACCGGUUUGCCUGCCACGUCUUUGUGUCUGAAGACUCCACCAAAGCCCUGGCGGAAUCCGUGGGGAGAGCGUUUCAGCAGUUCUACAAGCAGUUUGUGGAGUACACCUGCCCCACAGAAGAUAUCUACCUGGAAUAGCAGUGCUGCCCCGCCCUCUGCACCCUCAGUUCUGGGCCAGGACAGCUGGCUGCUGGCAGGAUGUGGCACUGCUUGAAGGGGCACCCGCCACCAUCACAGGAUGGGGAAGUGGGGGCCGUUGGCCCAGGGUGGGGGAGGGUGGGGGUUAUGGGGAGAGGCAAAUGCAGCUUAUUGUAACAUGGGAUUAGGUUCAUCUAUGGAGGACAGAGUGGGCUGCCCGGGGAUCAGGAGGGGCAGGGCUGCUGGGCUGUCAGGACUCUGACUGUGAAGGACUCUGGGCUGUCAGGACUCUGGGAGAGGGGUGGGGCUGCUCUGUCCUGGGCCUUACUUCCCCUGCCAGGGGCUCUGGCUCUCUGGCUCUUAGCUCCUGUCUUAAUAAAGGAGCCACCUACAAGUACCCCCCCGCCUUGCCCGCAUCCCCAACCCCCACGGAAGAGCCCUGAGCUCACCUCCGGAGGACUUUCCAGGAAGGAAAUGGCAACAGGUGGAGGUGCAGUACCUGUCCUCAGCUCUGUCAUUUGUGGGGCAUCUGGAUGGCUCACACCUCCGGAUGGCUCACACCUCCACCCUCACCGGCAUGCAGGCCCGUGGCAGGCUUAGGACCUCAACGGGGAAGGAGAGCUGCAGCAGGGCCCCACCCAGGCAGGAAAAGGCGGCUUCCUGACUGGCCCAGGCCAGCCCCAUCCUGGUCCUGUCACCCUGGCCACAACUAUUAAAGUGCCAUUUCCUGUCUGGA